AUGAAGACCUCAAUCCUUGUAUUCGUCGCUCUUUUGGGAUUGGCUGUGGCCCAGAAACAGUUCCGUUAUUCCAGGCCAAUUGCCGGACAAUACCGUCUGAAUGAUAACGGUGGAAGGUACAAGUCAGACAAUAAUGGACAGUACCGUCCCGAUAACUCUGGCGCUUACAACGGAGAUAAUGGACAAUACCGUCCGGACAACUCUGGUCAAUACGUCCAUCAAGAUGUUAAAUACGAACACAUCGAGGAUAAAUACAAGCACGCUGCUGAUCAAUUCGGACCAAACGGUGGAAACGGUGGAAACGGAGGAGGAUUCGGACCUAAUGGCAACCAAGGAGGAUUUGGAGGUUUCGGAUCUGGAUCUGAGCCCGGAUUCAACUCCGUAUCUGGAAACAAAUUCCCAUCCGGUUCUUCCUCCGGCUCCGGUGCUUUCGGUAAAGACGUAACCUCUGGAUCCGGCUCCAAGUUCGGCAGUGGAUCCCCAAAGGGCAAAGCCGCCGGAUUUUUCGAUAAAUCGAACUGCGCCGUCAUGCGCAAAAUCGAGAACGUGAAUAAAGACGGAUAUUACUACGUCUACGAAACUGACAACGGAAUCCGCGCGGAAGAGCAAGGACAAUUAGCUAACGUUGGAACUGAUCAGGAAGGUAUGCGCGCCCACGGAUGUUAUACCUACACCGGCCCAGAUGAUAUCGUUUACACUGUAAAAUACACUGCCGAUGAGAAAGGUUUCCUGCCUAAAGGUGAUCACAUUCCACAAAUUCCAGUGGCUAUCCAGAAGGCCCUUGAAUACCAAAGGGCUCAUGGAACUUUGUAAAUGUUGCCAGUUGCUGAUAUUUAGCAUUUUAACUGAACCUAGACCACAGACAUAUAU